UUUGUGUAAAAACCCUAGCCCACUUCAACAUUCACUUUUAACGGCACAAAUAAAACCCUAGCGCCUCCUCACCCUUCACUUCGAUCAGGGGGAGAGAAGCAGAGCGGAGGAGAAAAUCCAGCCAAAAUGUCGAAGCGAGGACGCGGUGGAACGGCGGGGAACAAGUUCAGGAUGUCGCUGGGUCUGCCUGUUGCGGCGACCGUGAAUUGCGCCGACAACACGGGCGCGAAGAACCUCUACAUCAUAUCGGUGAAGGGGAUCAAGGGCCGACUUAACAGGCUUCCCUCCGCUUGUGUCGGUGACAUGGUCAUGGCCACCGUCAAGAAGGGUAAGCCCGAUUUGCGUAAGAAGGUCAUGCCUGCCGUCAUCGUCCGCCAGCGCAAGCCGUGGCGCAGAAAGGACGGAGUCUACAUGUACUUCGAAGAUAAUGCUGGGGUCAUUGUGAAUCCAAAGGGUGAAAUGAAAGGAUCUGCUAUCACUGGCCCAAUUGGAAAGGAGUGUGCUGACUUAUGGCCCAGGAUUGCCAGUGCUGCCAAUGCCAUCGUCUAGAUUUUUGUGCUUUUUUCUUCAUUCGGACCCUUUAAACUGUUCUUUUUCAGUAAGAUGAAAGAUGUCAUUUUUCCAUGGUAUUUUUGUAAGAGCUAAAGGUGGAUUCAUUUAAGUAUUGCAUAUCUAGGAUGGUAAGUUUGAUAUCAUAUUGGAUGAUCUUUAAACUGAUUGCAACAUUUUUUUGGACUUAAUUAGCAUAUCGUAUUUCCAUCC